AUUUUUUGAUACAGAAAAGUAUGGAUGCUAUAUGUAAUGCCAAACAUUUGCCAGACAAGUGCACAUGCCCAAUGUCAAAAACGUUAAAUUGCAAUCCCCACCAGCUGUAAUAUUGUGCGGAUCUCAUUGUAAUAAAAAUUACUCGAUUCGUGAACCUCUCGACACAUUUAUAUAUAUAUGGCACAUUACUAUAGCUUAGAGUACCAUUCAUUAUCAAAACACUGAAGAAGAAGAAAUAGAGAACAAAACAUGAGUGGCUAUUCCAAAAUGGAUUCAACAGACCAGAAACUUGAGCCGGACCACCCUGUCGAUCCUCAGACUCAGAAGCCUGAUCUUGAACCUGUUGAAAUGAAACCGAAGCUAAGCAGGAACAGGUCAGUGUCUGCAUCAGCACAAGCGGUUCCUUCACCAGUGAAGAUGUCUAUGAGAAGAUCCUCGUCUGUCUCUGAACGCUACUGUAGAAUCUAUGACCAGAGCUCUGCCACGACGUGGCCUCUUCCUUUCCAUGAAGGAGAUGAAGACGUCGAAGAUGAUGAUAAAGAGAAGGUGCACAAGAAGAAGAAGAGCAACAACUUCAAGAAAAUAGCAUUCGUAAAGGCUUGUAAGCGUUUUUUUGGGAUCUCGUGAAACCAGUUUUUGUUUUCCUCUACAUCCAUAUCUAUCAUAUAAUAGAUCUCAUUGUUAUUUUCGAUUAGAGUCCAUCUUUUUCAUGAAACGUUUAAUACAAUAAUUUUUUCCUUAUAAUUUUAUCGAUUGCUUUGAAUGUUGGAUCAGUGCUUUUACGAAAAUCACAAACUACUUGCUCU